UGGCUGGGGGGGCGGCAGGUGGCACAGCGGUGUGGCGGAGCGGCGGGCGGGCGGGUGCCGACUCCCGAAGGCCGCCGUCGGGGCAAGGUGUCCUCAUGACUUCUCUUGUGGACCAUGUCCAUGAUCUUUUUUGCCUGUGUGGUACGGGUGAGGGAUGGACUGCCUCUCUCAGCCUCCACUGACUUUUACCACACCCAAGAUUUUCUGGAAUGUAGAAGACGGCUCAAGACUUUAGGCUUGCGACUGGCCCAGUAUCCAGGUCGAGGUUCUGCAGAAGGCCGUGACUUCAGUAUACAUUUUUCUUCUUCGGGGGAUGUGGCCUGCAUGGCUAUCUGCUCCCGCCAGUGCCCAGCAGCCAUGGCCUUCUGCUUCCUGGAGACCCUGUGGUGGGAAUUCACAGCUUCUUAUGACACCACCUGCAUUGGCCUGGCCUCCAGGCCAUAUGCCUUUCUCGAGUUUGACAGCAUCAUUCAGAAGAUAAAGUGGCAUUUUAACUGUGUAAGUUCCUCUCAGAUGAAGAACAGCAUGGAAAAAAUUCAGGAGGAGCUUGAAUUCCAGCCUCCAGUGGUUCUCACUGUGGAGGACACAGAUGUGGCAAAUGGAAUGAUGAACGGUCACCUACCAAGGCACUUGGAACCUGCUCCCAAUUUCCGAAUGGAACCAGUGACAGCCCUAGGUAUCCUCUCCCUCAUUCUCAACAUCAUGUGUGCUGCUCUGAAUCUCAUUCGUGGAGUUCACCUUGCAGAACAUUCUUUACAGGUUGCCCAUGAAGAGAUUGGAAACAUUCUGGCUUUUCUUAUUCCUUUUGUAGCCUGCAUUUUCCAGGUGCUCCCGUUCUCCAGCUCUCCUGCCUCUUUCCAUCACAGCCCUACACGUUCCAGCCCUGGGGACAGAGGCUGAAACUGGAGUCUCUGGAGGGGUGGGAAAGCUACCUUUAGUUGUAAUUGAUAGGGUGGGUAGAGGAGCUUCAGAGUGGGAGCAGAUUGCAUUGAGGCCCAACCCCACCCAGGAAUUAGGCGUUGGAGAGGAGGAGCACUUUGGUGUCAGCGCUGUUCAGAGUCAAAGAUGACAGCCAGAAGGCCAGCAGCAAGGCCAGCUGUUUGGGGUGCCGGAAGCAGAGACUAGGCAGGGAACAGAGCUGGAGGCUCUCUCUGCUGGAAGAUAGCAGCUGCUCCUUAGCAUGUAGGGGCUGCACGUUGCACCUUCAUCCAGGGCUGCCGUUUGCUGUUCCUUAAAGGAGUUGGCCACUUACUAUAACAUGCAGGACAGUAGCCUUCGGACAACCUGCUGCCUGCUUGCACAGUGCUUUGCAAGUGAGGACAGGCAGGGAUGGGAGUGCUUAUGGUGAUCAAAUGUGCUUGGCAAACCCUUGUUCAGACAUUGCCCACAUUCCAAAUGUUCUUGCGUGAGUCCUACACGGGUCUGGGGAAGCGCUACCUGUGUACUGGGGUUAAUGGUGGAGGAAGAGAAAGUAGAUGUGGCCCUGGGAGAGGAGGUAGGGGAAGGAGUGCACUGGUCAGCUGACCAGGUGGCCUGGAGAUUGGCUUGGCCCUUCUGUUCAGUCUUGUGUCACAGUGUUAGGAAGGGACCAAAUCUGCAGGAGCAGACACAUGCCAGGAGGGCAGUUCCCGGGGACAGAGAAGCGGAGGAAGGGACGUCAGGGAAACGUAGCUAACAACCACGAAGAGCAAGAGCUUGAGGUUUUGAGGCACACACACCUGUGGAGUCGCAGCUUUUUUUAACUUAUAAAAUCAUUUUAUUGUAAAAUAAAACAUGUAUAUAUUGAAAGACACACAAAAAUAAAGACCAUUAUGACUCAGUAAAAUUUUUUAUAAGGUAGACACCACACAGAUCAAGAAAGAGACCUUGCCAGCCAUCACAGAAACGCCUUCCAUGUAACUUUGUUAUAAGAACACUUGUCAAUCAUAUAAAUCAAUCAUCUGGUAACAUCCCGUAAGCCCUCCCCUGGACCAGGCCAGUAAAAGGAAACCACCUGGGAGUCCUUAACAUCUUUCUCCACUCAUGGAGACUGACCUGUUCCUCUUUGGAACGUACUCCCGCUUUGUAUAGCUCUCUUAUUUCCUGCAAUAAAAUCUGUGUGUGUAGAA